CGCAUCCCCCGCAAUCCCCUCGGACGUCGCAGGACACGAUCCAGGUGGGCGGAGUGCAGAAAGAGCAGAGUGGCGAGGCCAUGUGCGCCGCAGCCACGCCGGUGCCCAACUCGUCCUGGGGGGCGUUCGCCAACGCGUCGGGCUGCCCAGGCUGUGGCGCCGACGGCUCGGAUGGCCCCGGCUCCGCGCCGCUGCUGCUGGACGCCUGGCUGGUGCCGCUGUUCUUCGCUACGCUGAUGCUGCUCGGGCUGACCGGGAAUUCUCUCGUCAUCUUUGUCAUCUGCCGCCAGAAGCAGAUGCGGACGGUCAGCAACUUCUACAUCGCCAACCUGGCGGCCACCGACGUGAUCUUCCUGCUGUGCUGCGUCCCUUUCACGGCCCUGCUGUAUCCGCUGCCCACCUGGGUGCUGGGCGACUUCAUGUGCAAGUUUGUCAACUACAUUCAGCAGGUCUCUGUGCAGGCCACGUGCGCCACCCUGACCGCCAUGAGCGUGGACCGCUGGUAUGUGACCGUGUUUCCACUGCGAGCCCUGCACCGCCGCACGCCGCGCCUGGCUCUGGCUAUCAGCCUGGGCAUCUGGGUGGGCUCGGCGACCCUAUCUGCCCCGGUGCUCGCCCUGCACCGCCUCUCGCCGGGGCCGAGGACCUACUGCAGCGAGGCCUUCCCCAGCCACGCCCUGGAGCGCGCCUUUGCCCUCUACAACCUGCUCGCGCUUUACUUGCUGCCGCUCGUUGCCACCUGCGCCUGCUAUGGGGCCAUGCUGCGCCACCUCGGCCGUGCAGCCGUGCGGCCUACGCCCACUGACCGCACCUUCCAGGGGCGGCUGCUGGCCCAGCGUGCUAGUGCCAUGCGCGCCAAGGUGUCCCGGCUGGUGGCAGCCGUGGUCCUGCUCUUCGCCACCUGCUGGGGCCCCAUCCAGCUGUUCCUGGUGCUGCAGGCCCUGGGCCCAGCCGGCGCGUGGCACCCGCGCAGCUAUGCAGCGUAUGCGCUCAAGACCUGGGCGCAUUGUAUGUCCUACAGCAACUCUGCGCUGAACCCGCUGCUCUACGCCUUCCUGGGCUCCCAUUUUCGCCAGGCCUUCCGCCGCGUGUGCGCGUGCGCCCCAAGACGCCAGCGUCAGCCCCGUGGAUCUGCACCCUCGGGCCCAGUGAUACCCCAGGCCGAGCUGCGCCGCCUGUGCGCCCACCCAGCUCCACCAGGUGUCUGA